AUGACAAAGGAAACAAAGUCCCUUCCGGAAAAGAGCAGUAAGGAACAUUGCAUCCAUAAAAUCACAGUUGAACCAGUGAUAUUUUGUUACGCGUUUGGGAUAAUUCUUCACGUCCCAGUCAUUCAACAGUAUAUCCACCGACGAAUCGCCGAGGAGAAAGGCAUUAUCUACAACACUACAGCUAGUCUAAGUAAUUGCGAUUCUAUGCGAGCCACUCGAAAUGGAGAAACUUUAAAAAUGCAAAAAGAAGUUCAGUCCGAAGCUUCCUUUAUGCAACUCGGCAUGGUGUUCUCUGCCAGUGCCCCGUCACUUUUGGUCGCGCUGUUUUUAGGGGCAUGGUCCGACCGCGCGGGGCGAAGAAGAGUGAUGGCUUUACCCAUAUUUGGAAGUGCAAUAGAGUCAGCCAUAAUAUUAUGGGUUAUCGCGUUCAAUCUUCCCAUCCAGACGUUACUUUUAGCAGGAUUUAUAAAUGGGUUGUGUGGUUUCUUCCCAACAAUGGUUUUGUCGGUGUUUUCGUAUGUGGCAGAUAUUACAGAAGAGUCCCAACGUGCUUUUCGACUCGGAAUCCUAGAGGCAACUGCCUUUAUAAGCGGUAUGCUCAGUCAUUUAAGCAGCGGUUGGCUAAUAAACAAAACAGGUUACAAAGCACCGUACAUGAUGAUUUUAUCGCUUCACACUUUCGCGCUGUUUUACGUAGUUUUAAAACUUCCUGAGUCAAGAGCGAAACAUUUAAUGGAGAAUUCCAACGUAAAAGUGUUCAGUUUACAUCACAUCCGGGUCAUCAUAUGCAUCUUUACAAACCCUCGAUCUGGCGAAAGAUGGCGCAUGUGCAUACUUAUGUUUACCUCUGGCCUUAUGAUUGUGUCCUCGAUUGGUUUUGGCAGUGUCAUUGUACUUUACGCCAUCGAUCGUCCAUUGUGUUGUAAUUCUAUCCUGAUUGGCUAUUACCUAGCAACGAGCUUCUUUGUGCAAGCUGUUGGGGCCAUUCUUGGACUGAAAUUUUUAAAAAUGAUCUUAUCAGAGCAUACUCUUAUGCAAGUAGGAAUGAUAUCUGUGAUAUGUUCACUGGUUAUGAUGGCAUUUGUUAAAAGCAAGAGAGCGUUGUUUGUUGUUCCUUUUGUAGCCUGUCUUGGUGGGAUUCCAACUCCAGUUAUCAGAGCCAUGAUGUCCAAAAUGGUUGAUCCAGAUGAACAAGGUGCAUUGUUUGCUGCUGUUGCGACUCUGGAGACAAUUUGCACUCUGUUUGGCGCCGCCCUAUUUAACUCAAUUUAUCCUUUAUUUUUACACAUUGGAUUAAAUGGGUUUUGUUUCCUUGUCAUGGCAUUUCUGAUGAUAGCUGCCCUUAUUUUGACCGAGAUCUUAAAGCGCAGGGAUCAAAAACCAAUGGAUCACCAAAAGGAAGAACGUCUGAAGCCGGAGGGAGUUAUCAACGAUGAAAAGAAAGAUCAAGAUUGCCCUUUAAAUGAAGAUAUAGAGAAAUAGCUCUUUCAAAGAACCUUAUCUAUAAACACGGGUCAAAUAUAUGGGAAUGUCUAAACUUGAUA